AUGCAUCCGACCUCGCCCUGCCAAAUCCAUCUCCCUACUGAAGUCAUCCUCCUGAUCGUCUCCCUCGCCGCUACUAAUGCAGACAAUGAUGCGCAACGUCAAAGAACCAUGCACACCUGCUGUCUGGUUUCCCGCCAGUGGUACUCGGCAGCGGUCGCAUUCCUCUACGAAAAACCGCGGCUGGACAGAGGCAGAGCGUUUUACAAAUUCACCGACACAAUCAGCCCGCCUGUCGCGGCGCGGAAGAGCAAGAUGAAUCUGGGGAGUAUGGUUCGGAAGUUGGAUCUGAGCUGUCUCGUGCACCAUAGUAAAAAUAGUUUGACGGCGAGGUUGCUUGGGAAGGUGAAGGAGAAUCUGGAGGUGUUUAUCGCGCCCAGUGUUACUUUUGCAGUCAACUGCCUCCCGGCCCUAUCCAAAUGUCACAACCUCCGACACCUCGACCUCUCCCUCGUCGGCGAACCCCUCCCUUUCGCUAACCUCAAGAAGGCACUCAGCAGCCUCACCAAACUCCUUACCCUCCGGCUCCCCCGCUCCACUUCCCUCGAUGAAUUCCAAGCUCAAGCAUCCCAAUUGGCAUCCUGGCCGCCGCGGCUCUACCGUCUCCAAUUCAGCGGCUCAUUUUCGGCCACCGCAGUCCUAUCUUUUGCCUGGCCUCCUUCUCUCACGUCGUUGACGCUGAAAAACUGCUCCGACCUCUCGGUCAACAAUCUCGGCUCUCUAAUAAGCAACCCCCACCUCGCAACCUCACUUUCGCGCCUCACAAUAUCCGGCUCAAACCGCAAUCUCUCACCAGAAUCGAUAAACGCCAUUCCGGCCUUCCUCCCCGGACUUAACUUCCUCAGCAUCCCCGGCGACCUGGUCGAAGAAUCCUUCUUCGACAUGCUCAACUACAUGGUCCCGCCAUUGACACUUGAAGUACUCGAGUUUGGGAAUCCGUUCUUCGAAGCGACGCUGGGGUUCUCGACGGCAGCCCUUGUUGAAAGUUUUGCGACGGGUUUGGGUAAUUUGAGGGCCGUGGGGUUUGCGGAUACGUUUCUAACCGAGCAGAGGAUUCUGGAGGACGAGGAGAUUGAUAAUGUUUUGCAGAGGAGGAUUAGGGAGAAGUCGAAGCCCGCUUUGCAGGCUGCAAAUGGAGAUGGGGUGGUUGACGAUUAUGAUAAUGACGAUGAUGACCCUGAUGUGGGUGUAUAUUAUCUAUGA